CGCAAACUGAAAUAUGUGCUUAUUAAAAUGUCAGUUUUAAUAUCUGAAACGACUCACACUAGCUAGACACCAAUGACUUCCUUAAUUGAUCAGGCUUUUUAAUAUAUUUCUGUGCAUCUCUUCGAAGAUGUUGCCAUAAAAAUAAUAUAAGUUUACCAAUUGCUGCAGGGGGAAAGGAAGACUCAACUUUGUGAAAAGAUUAUGGAGGAGGUCUGGUGUCUGGGAUGUGGGGAGUGUUUGGAAAGGAGGACUGCAUCAGACAGUGGGCAAACACCACUGGUAGCUUGAAAAUAUACCCACACACAUAUAUGUCUCCCAAGGGCUUCAGUGAGAACAAGACAUAGCCCUGUCUCUGCUGUGUGUAGCUUCUGAUCAAACAGUCUUAAAGCUUCUGCAGCCUCUUAACAGUUGUACUUCCAUGAUUGCUCUUUUAUCCUGAACCGCACUCAUCGACUCUGAUCAGCUUUCCUGUUGAUGCUCUCCACGCUGGUAACAUGAGAAAUAACCCGCCUCCAGGAAUGAAUUGCGAGUCUCGUCCUCUGGCUCCAUGGCUGCCCUGCUUUGUGGCGUGUUGGUGCUGCUGUGUGGCCUAGACUCUGCGUGGGCCACAUUAGUCACUGACAUGGACUAUGGUGGCAUUCCUCUGUGGAUUAACCGUCUGCUGGGUGAGCCCAGCGUUUUAAGUCUGCAGGGAAGGAUUGACCCGGCCUGGUUUCGAGCUAACAAUGACCAGGUCUGUCCCGAGCAGUGUGACUGUCCCAUCCACUGGCCGACGUCGCUCUACUGUGACAGCAGAGGCCUUGAAAACAUCCCCCAGGGCCUGCCGCAAAGAACCCAGUACUUGUUUUUACAGGGCAACAACAUCUCAUCCCUGUCCUACCCCGUCCUGGCUAAUAUUACGGGUCUACGUUGGCUAAUCAUCGACAACAACCAGCUGGAGAGCAACGAACUGGAGCUGGCCUCUCUGCAGAACCAGACUGAGCUGCGAUACUUUUUUGCGAACCGCAACGACCUGACGUUGGUGCCUGGUGGCUUACCGGCCGGACUCAAACAGCUGCGGCUGGCCUACAACCGAAUCAGCAGCAUCAGCCCCGGAGCUUUCCAGAACCUGCAGAAUCUGAUGCUUCUGUUGCUGCAGGGAAACAGGCUGCAAACCAUCACAGAGGGUGACCUCAAAGGUCUCAUCAGGUUGAAUCUGUUGGACAUCAGUGGAAAUUUGUUCUCAGCUGUCCCCAGCCAUUUACCUCCCUCUGUCCAGCAGCUUUAUUUGUCCUACAACAAUUUCUCUGGGCUGGACGAGGGCAGUUUUGAGGGUUUUCUCAACCUGAAGUAUCUGCGUCUCAGCCACUGCGGCCUGCAGAGCAGCAGCGUCCACCCGCAGGCCUUUAACCACUCCAGCCUGGUGGAGGUGGACCUCUCUUACAACAAGCUGAUCACCACCCCCACGGUUCCAAUAACCCUGCAGUACCUCUACCUGGAGGCCAAUAACAUUCAAGAGUUCAACGUGAGCAGUUUCUGCAGGGAGGUGGGGCCUCUGUCCUACUCCAGGAUGAAGAUCCUGCGGCUGGAUGGAAACAAAAUGGCACAACACCAGCUCCCCCCUGACUGGGUUCACUGCCUCCGAGUGCUUCAGAGAAUUUUCAUCUGACUCGGAGAAUUAGUUAGACACGAGUACAUUGUGUACCCCUCCGACCCGAACAGGUGUUACAGAGAAAAACACGACUAAACCUCAGCUUGUUGAUGUCCAGCUCAUUUCUGUUCUUCACAUUAAAGCUUGAAAUCAGACAGA